AUGGCGGCGGAGCGGGCUGAGGCGGCGGUGGCCGGUGGCGGAGCCGGGGUGUCCGGUAGCGGGGCCGAGGGGGCCCCGUACGCGAGCUGGGCCCCGGCCGAGCUCCAGGCCACGCUGGCCGGCAUCGGAGCCCCUGCGCAGGGUACCCGGGAGGAGCUGGUGGAGCGGCUGCAGGCCUACACCAUGCAGACAGGGAUCGUGCUGAGCCGCCCCGUGCUGCGCCCCGAGGAGGGGGACAAAGCUGCACAGCUUCCUGCCCUGCCCCUGCAGCACCCCUUGGUGCCCCCCCCACCCCCGGGGCUGGGGCUGAGCUAUGGGCUGGGGGGGGUCGGGGUGCCCCCCCCACCCCCGCCGCCCCCCCCCGGGCUGCGGGGGGCCGAGGGGCUCUCGGAGGAGGAGCGGCUGACGCUGGCGCAGCAGCAAGCGGCCCUGCUGCUGCAGGAGGAGCGCGCCCAGCAGAGCCAGCACCCAUUCGGAGACAAAGCCAAGGAGCAGGAGCUGCUGGAGCAGCAGAAGCGGGCCGCGGUGCUGCUGGAGCAGGAGAGGCAGCAGGAGAUGGCCAAGAUGGCCCCCGCCGUGCCCCGCCCCCCCCCCGACGUGACACCCAUGGGUGCUCGGGCCUCGCUGCCCCCCCGAGGCAGCACCCCUAUGGGUGCCCCCAUCCCUGGGGUGCCCAUGGGGGCCUCCCGGCCACGCGGGCCCCCCCCACCCCCCGGUGAGGAGACGCGAGAGUCCGAUGACCCAGCUGUGGGCCCCAAGAUCCCCCAGGCCCUGGAGAAGAUCCUGCAGCUGAAGGAGAUCCGGCAGGAGGAGCUCAUCACGGUGCCAGGGCUCUCAGCUGAGGAUGAGAUGGAGACAGAGCCUCGAGCAGCAGCCUCAGCCUCGGAGACAGAGGAAGACACAGGGCUCUCCAAGAAGGAGCGCAACCGCAAGCGCCGCAACCGCAAGAAGAAGAAGCGGGGCCGAGCCCGGGAUGCCGGGGGGGGCCCUGCCCCCCCCUCCUCAGCAUCCACCCCGGACCCCCCCGGCACCGCGGUGGAGAUCGAGUACGUGACCGAGGAGCCCGAGAUCUACGACCCCAACUUCGUGUUCUUCAAGAUGAUCUUUGAGGCUUUCAAGCUGACAGAUGAUGUGAAGAAGGACAAGGAGAAGGAGCCGGACAAAGCGGAGCGGCCCGAGAGCAGCGCCGUGCCCAAGAAGAAAGGGGGGGAAGAUGGGCGCAAGGGCAGCGAGGAUGACAGCUCUGAGGAUGAGCAGGAGAAGAAGCCCGAGGUCCCCAAGCUCUCCAAGAAGAAGCUGCGGCGCAUGAACCGCUUCACCGUGGCCGAGCUGAAGCAGCUCGUGGCCCGCCCGGACGUGGUGGAGAUGCACGACGUGACGGCGCAGGACCCCAAGCUCCUGGUGCACCUCAAGGCCACGCGGAACUCGGUGCCGGUGCCUCGGCACUGGUGCUUCAAGCGCAAGUACCUGCAGGGCAAGCGCGGCAUCGAGAAGCCCCUCGAGCUGCCCGACUUCAUCAAGCGCACCGGCAUCCAGGAGAUGCGCGAGGCCCUGCAGGAGAAGGAGGAGCAGAAGACGAUGAAGUCCAAGAUGAGGGAGAAGGUGAGGCCGAAGAUGGGCAAGAUCGACAUCGAUUACCAGAAGCUGCACGACGCCUUCUUCAAGUGGCAAACCAAGCCCAAGCUCACCAUCCACGGGGACCUCUACUACGAGGGGAAGGAGUUUGAGACACGGCUCAAGGAGAAGAAGCCUGGAGACCUCUCGGAUGAGCUGCGCAUCGCCCUGGGCAUGCCCGUGGGGCCGAACGCACACAAGGUGCCCCCCCCGUGGCUGAUCGCGAUGCAGCGCUAUGGGCCCCCCCCCUCCUACCCCAACCUCAAGAUCCCGGGGCUCAACUCACCCAUCCCCGAGGGCUGCUCCUUCGGGUACCACGCUGGGGGCUGGGGGAAGCCUCCUGUGGACGAGACGGGGAAGCCGCUGUACGGGGACGUGUUCGGCACCAACGCGGCCGAGUUCCAGACAAAGGAGGAGGAGGAGGAGAUCGACCGCACUCCAUGGGAGCUGGAGCCCUCGGAUGAGGAAUCCUCGGAGGAAGAGGAGGAGGAGGAGAGCGACGAAGAGAAACCGGAUGAGACGGGGUUUAUCACCCCUGCCGACAGCGGUCUCAACCCUGGGGGCUUCUCCUCGGUGCCGGCCGGGAUGGAGACCCCAGAGCUCAUUGAGCUGCGGAAGAAGAAGAUCGAGGAAGCCAUGGAUGGCAGCGAGACCCCCCAGCUCUUCACAGUGGUCCCCGAGAAGCGCACGGCCACCGUGGGCACGGCCAUGAUGGGCUCGACCCACAUCUAUGACAUGUCUGCAGUGUUGGGGCGCAAGGGCCCCGUGGCCGAGGCGCAGGGGGUGGAGGUGGCGCUGGCCCCCGAGGAGCUGGAGCUCGACCCCACCGCCAUGACCCAGAAGUACGAGGAGCACGUGCGGGAGCAGCAGGCGCAGGUGGAGAAGGAGGAUUUCAGCGACAUGGUGGCUGAGCACGCGGCCAAGCAGAAGCAGAAGAAGCGGAAGGCGCAGCCCCAGGACACCCGAGGUGGGGGCAAGAAGUACAAAGAGUUCAAGUUCUAAGAGGGGGUGACCCCCCCACGGCUCU